CUCAUCUCCUGGAUUCCUGAAAACAUCCGAAAGAAGGAAUGCACCUAUUUUGUGGAAAGCUCCCAGACAUCAGAUUCUGGGAGGAUCGUUUGUGAGUGUGGCUAUCUCAGGGAACAGCACCUGGACGAUGCUGCCAAGCCUCCCAUCUUCCUGGGGAAGGAAUGGGACCCCAGCAGGCACAUCCAGGAAAUGCCAACGGAUGCCUUCGGUGAUAUCCGCUUCACAGGGCUGGGACAGAAGACAGGGAAGUACGUGCGUGUCUCCUCGGAUACCCCCCCACGGGUCAUCUACCACCUCAUGACACAGCACUGGGGCCUCGACCCCCCCAACCUGCUCAUCUCAGUCACCGGGGGAGCCAAAAACUUCGUCAUGAAGCCAAGGCUGAAGAACAUCUUCCGGCAAGGGCUAGUCAAGGUGGCCCAGACCACAGGUGCCUGGAUCAUCACAGGGGGGUCCCACGCUGGUGUGAUGAAACAGGUGGGAGAGGCAGUGCGGGACUUCCUCCUGAGCUGCAGCCACAAGGAGGGCGAGAUUGUCACCAUUGGCAUUGCCACCUGGGGGACCGUCUACAACCGGGAGAGCCUCGUCUGCCCCAUGGGGGGCUUUCCUGCUGAGUACAUGCUGGAUGAGGAGAACCAAGGCAGCCUGUCCUGCCUGGACAGCAACCACUCCCACUUCAUCCUGGUGGAUGACGGGACCCACGGGAGGUACGGGGUGGAAAUCCCCCUGAGGACCAGGCUGGAGAAGUUCAUUUCAGAGCAGACCAAGGUGAAAGGAGGUGUUGCCAUCAAGAUCCCCAUCGUGUGUGUGGUGCUGGAAGGAGGCCCUGGGACUCUUGAUACCAUCUACAAUGCCAUCACCCACGGGACCCCCUGUGUGAUCGUGGAAGGGUCCGGGCGGGUGGCCGAUGUCAUCGCGCAGGUGGCCAACCUGCCCGUGGCCCAGAUAACCAUCGCCCUGAUCCAGAGGAAACUCAGUGUUCUCUUCCACGACACCUACGAGCUCUUCACUGAGAGCAAACUGGUGGAGUGGACCAAGAAGAUCCAAGACAUAGUGCGGAGCCGGCAGCUCCUGACCAUCUUCAGAGAGGGCAAAUAUGGCCAGCAGGACGUGGAUGUGGCCAUCCUCCAGGCCCUCUUCAAAGCAUCCCGAAACCAGGACCACUUUGGUCGGGAGAACUGGGACCACCAGCUGAAGCUGGCCGUGGCCUGGAACAGGGUGGACAUUGCCCGAAGUGAGAUCUUCACAGAUGACCAUGACUGGAAGCCCUCAGAUCUCCACCCCGUGAUGGCAGCUGCCCUGAUCUCCAACAAGCCCGAGUUUGUGAAGCUGUUCCUGGAGCAGGGAGUGCGUCUCAAGGAUUUUGUCACCUGGGACACCCUGGUUUACCUCUACGACAACCUGGCGCCGUCCUGCCUGUUCCACAGCAAGCUGCAGAAGGUGCUGCUGGAGGAGAGGGAGCACACGGCCGGCUCCAAAACGCCGAGGCUGCAGAUGCACCACGUCUCGCAGGUGCUGCGGGAGCUGCUGGGCUGCUCCACGCAGCCGCUGUACCCCAAGCCCAAGCACACGGAGCGGCCCCGGCUCUCCAUCCCCGUGCCGCACCUCAAGCUGAACGUGCAGGGGUCGAGCCUCCGCUCCCUCUACAAGCGCUCCCCUGGCCGAGUCACCUUCACCAUGGACCCCGUCCGGGACCUGCUCAUCUGGGCCGUGGUGCAGAACCGCAGGGAGCUGGCAGAAAUCAUCUGGGCCCAGAGCCAGGACUGCAUGGCAGCUGCACUGGCCUGCAGCAAAAUCCUGAAGGAGCUGGCCAAGGAGGAGGAGGACACGGACACCACUGAUGACAUGCUGGCCCUGGCUGAGGAGUACGAGCACAAGGCAAUCGGUGUGUUCACAGACUGCUACCGCAAGGAUGAAGAGAGAGCCCAGAAGCUUCUCACCCGUGUCUCCGAGGCCUGGGGGAAGACAACCUGUCUGCAGCUGGCGUUGGAGGCCAAGAGCAUGAAUUUUGUGUCCCAUGGGGGUGUCCAGGCUUUUCUAACCAAGGUCUGGUGGGGGAAGCUGUCUGUGGACAGUGGCCUUUGGCGGGUGAUCACGUGCAUGCUCUUCUUCCCCUUGCUCUACACCAACCUCAUCACCUUCAGCAGGGAGAAGAGGCUGCAGCCCAUGGGCUGCCUGGCACGCCUCCGAGCCUUCUUCACAGCGCCCGUCGUCAUCUUCCUCAUGAACACCCUCUCCUACUUCACCUUCCUCCUGCUCUUUGCCUACGUGCUGAUGGUGGACUUCCAGCCCACGCCCUCCUGGCGGGAAUACCUCAUCUACUUCUGGCUCUUCUCCCUGGUGUGCGAGGAGACCCGCCAGCUGUUGUAUGAUCCAGAUGGCCUCGGGGUUGUGAAAAUGGCUUCUCUGUACAUCAAGGACUUUUGGAAUAAGCUGGAUAUCUGUGCCAUCCUGGUCUUUAUUGCAGGGCUGACUUGCAGGCUGAUCCCAUCAACAUUAUACCCUGGGCGCAUCAUCCUGUCCCUGGCUUUCAUCAUCUUCUGCCUGCGCCUGAUGCACAUUUUCACAGUCAGUAGAACCCUGGGGCCCAAGAUCAUCAUUGUGAAGCGCAUGAUGAAGGAUGUCUUCUUCUUCCUCUUCCUGCUGGCAGUGUGGGUGGUGUCCUUUGGGGUGGCCAAGCAGGCUAUCCUCAUCCACAACGAGGAACGUGUGGAGUGGCUUUUCCGUGGCGUGGUCUACCAUUCCUACCUGACCAUCUUCGGGCAGAUUCCCUCCUACAUCGAUGGGGUCAACUUCAACAUCGACCAGUGCAGCCCCAACGGGACUGACCCCUACAAGCCCAAGUGCCCGGAGACAAAUGGGGACAACAAGACACCCAUCUUCCCAGAGUGGCUGACGGUCAUCUUGCUGUGCCUGUACCUGCUCUUCACCAACAUCCUCCUCCUCAACCUCCUCAUUGCCAUGUUCAACUACACCUUCCAGCAGGUGCAGGAGCACACGGACCAGAUCUGGAAGUUCCAGAGGCACGACCUGAUCCAGGAGUACCACGGCCGCCCGCCCGCGCCCCCGCCCCUCAUCCUGCUCAGCCACCUGCAGCUCCUGCUGCGCCGGGGCUUGCUGCGCCAGCCAGCCACGCACCACAAGCUCAAGGAGAAGCUGGAGAAGAACGAAGAAGCUGCCCUGCUCUCGUGGGAGAUGUACCUGAAGGAGAGCUACCUGCAGCACCAGCAGUGCCAGGAGAAGCAGAACACGGAGCAGAUGAUCCGGGACAUUGCACAGAGGGUUGAUGUGCUGGCAGAGCUGCUGGACUUGGACAGGGUGAAGAGGACGGGGGUAGUGGAGCAAAGACUGGGCUCUCUGGAGGAUCAGGUGCAUCAGAGUGCCCAGGCCCUGCGGUGGAUGAUGCAGGCUUUGCGGGGCAAUGGCUUCAGCUCGGCAGAGGAUGUGCCACCCAUGGGCUCCUCCAAAGCCCUGGACACCAAGGAGAUUGCCCUGGAGGGGAGACCCCAGGAGAGCCAGCCCCCGUGCCACGUGCUUGCCCGAAACCUCCUGUAUCCAGGGUCUCACACUCUCCGCUUCCCUGUGCCCGAUGAGAAGGUGCCCUGGGAGGUGGAUUUCCCACUCUACGACCCCCCUGCCUACUCGGCUGAGCACAAGGACAUGGCUGUGCAGGACCCCUUCAGCCUCUCCUUGGAGUCUCUCCUGAAGAUCAACUACAACACCAUGGACGGGCUGAUCGACCGGCAGAGCUUCCACGGGCUGUACGCUGUGCAGGAUGGGCUGCCCCUGAACCCCAUGGGCAGGACGGGGCUGCGAGGCCGUGGGAGGCUGCACUGCUUUGGGCCCAACCAUGCCCUGCACCCCGUGGUGACCCGCUGGAGGAGGAACCUGGAUGGGUCCAUAAUAAGGAAGAGCCUGAAGAAGAUGCUGGAAGUCCUGGUGGCCCAAUACCCCCUGUCAGAUGUCUGGGCUCUGCCUGGGGGCUCACUGGAGCCAGGUGAGACGCUGCCACUGAAGCUCAAGUGGAUCCUGCGCAGGGAGUUCUGGCCCCAGUUCCAGAACCUGCUGAAACAAGGCACUGAGGUGCACAGGGGGUACCUGGACGACCCACGGAACACGGAUAACGCCUGGGUGGAGACGGUGGCCAUCAGCGUGCACUUCGACACUUCGAACGAUGUGGAGAUGAAGCGGCUGAACUCGGUGAGGGGCCGCCACCCCCGGGGCUCCCUGGGCACAGCAGCCACGUCUGCAGAGCCACAUCCCCACAGGUUGGGGACGGGAGGCGCUGUGGAGCCUGGCUGGCAGCACACGUGUGACAUCUGUCUGUCCCCCUGCAGUUCCUCCAGGGCUGUGACCCGGAGCUGUGCAUCCGCUGGCAGGUGCUGGACAAGAGGAUCCCCCUGCACGCCAACCACAAGGAGCUCCUGCACAAGGUCUCAACCCUCCUCGGUGCCUACUACUGAGGCUUCGUGCACAGGGCUCCUGGCUGGGAGCUGCAGCUCCACCCCAGCUUGCCUGGGAGAGCACGGGAGCUGCUGGAGCUGAGGUGCUCUGGGUGCCUCUGUGAAUUUAUGUUGCAGGUCUCUGGGAGGAAAAGUGUCCCCUCCCUAAGGGCACUGCUUGGGCAGUGCAUCCCAGCCACCUGAGCCACCAAGUUCAUCCCCAGCUCGUGUCUUGGUGCUUCCACAUCAGCCCACAGCACUAGCCCAGAGCUUGGGGCACACAGAGCCACGGGGCUUGUCCUGUGAGAUGGUCCUUCUGCCCACUCCAACCUGCUCUUGGCUUUGGGGGGGCACUGGGAGCUUGCCAGUCCCAGCUACCCCUCCUCCAGAAUAUCCAUCACUGCUCCCUGCUUCUGCCCUACUGCCACAGAUCCCAAAGGAUUGUUCUGGAGAAGGCCUGGAGUCCCUCCUGUGGUGGCUGCCCCCAUACCUCUGGUUGCCCCAGACCCAACAACACGGUCCUGAGCUGUGAGCCAGCACUUGUGAGGGUGUGAGCAUCUCUUGGUUUCAUAGCCCUGCACAGGCCCACCUGCCAUGCCCCAAACUGUGUGUGAUCCUGCUUGUGUGUGCUGAGCACUGGCUUGUAGCUAAACUUCCCUCCUCUCUCUGAGCCAAAGCCCCAGCUAAAUGUCACCUGCCUGUCCCCACCCCUUGUGCACAUGGAUGGGAAGUGGCAGCUUGCUGGGACACAGGUGCUCUGUGGUUCCUUGGGCAGGUAGGGACAGGAGAGGGGACAUCUGUGUGUCAAUCACAGACAUCCCUGCUUUUAAGGGGUCUCUCACUCACAUUUUCUGUUGCCUGCCAUAAGGAGAACAAGGCACGGUGGAUACAUUUUUUGAUCAUCCAGAUGAGCCCCACGGUGGUAUGUUAUGUCUGGGACUGCUCAGGAAGGGAUUUUGGUCCCCCACCUCCUCCCUGUGGAUCAGACACUGGCCAGCCAAGGCUGCUCAUCCCAUGCUGGAGGCCACCAGGGCACAACUGCAGUUUCACCCCCCUGCUGCACGGGGAUUUGGCAAGGGGAGGGGGCUCACUCUGGCAAUGUAUUCAACCCAGCUCAAUAAACCAUUAUUAAACACUGCAGGCUGCUGGUGUCUUACAGCUCUUUAACCAGGGGCCCUUCCUGGCGGCCAUGCUUGGAGCACACCUCCAGGAUAAGCCCAAUUCCCACCCCGACCUUGUACAAACUCACUUUGCCUGCAGACUCACCCCCAGCGAUGGCUGAAUCACGGGACGGUUUGGGUUGGACGGGACUUCAGUGCUGGUUUCAUUUCAAGCCCCCUGCCGUGGGCAGGAACAGCCUGCAGCAGCCCAGGAGAUGAGGACUCCUUUAGAGCUGAUAUGCUCGAGAGGACUGGCCCCAUUCAGAGCUGAUAUGGGAGCUGUGCUCCGAAGUGCUGGCACGGCAUCUUCUCCCAUCGCUCCAGGACUGCUGUCUGCUCCUGAUCUCCCGUCACCUGCAGGCGGGGGCCCGGCUGGGGAGGGACGGAUCGCUCCUUACAGCAGCUGAUGAAGCUUCUAGACUGGCAGCCGGGACCGCAGCCUCCCAAAACCUGCGGGAAUCUCAUUAGCAGCGCUCAAUUUCUGCGCACUGGUCUCGGCGCGGCCACUCUCCCGCAGUCCCUGGCUGUCCCACCACGCUGCUCCCCCCGCCCCGUCCCCGUUCCCUUCCCCG